AUGCCCUCGUCCAACCCAGAAUCCGAGUUCGGCGCAUCCUUUAUCAAAAACUACAACAAACGCAUUCGCCAACACUUAUCCCAAUCAACCAACUCAUCCCCAAAAUCUUCAUCUCGUCCUAGUCACUCACCAUCACCAUCAACACCACAGUCGCAAUCACAUCAAUCUGAAUCUACAAAACCAAGAUAUAACUAUCUGUACUCCAAAAACAAUCGCGCAAAUAUUCUGAAUGUAGUCUCCCAGAUCAGCGAUAACGUUACUCCCAAUGCCAGAAUUGAGAUUUCGGCGGAAAAGGUGUUGUUGGAUGAGGCCGAAUAUUUGGGGAGGGGUGCGACUAUGGAGGUUUUUGCAGCUGAUAUUCAGGAUUGUCUUCCGACAAAGAAUCUCUCUAGAAGUGGCCGAUUAAAGGGCAGUAAGAAAGUGGCAGUGAAAAGAGUAAGCCGCGAGCAUUUUCCGGUGCGGAAUCAUGCUCUUGCACUUGAAGAGGAUUUUGUGUUUCUCAAGGGGAGGGAUGAGUUUUAUGCUAAGGUUGGCGCAAUGACGCAGGAGAUCAAGAUUCUCGCCAGAGAACCGCUGUACGGGCACAGAAAUAUAGUCCGUCUUCACUCCCUAGCAUGGGACGAAAUGCCUGAUGUAGGCCUCUAUGCGCCCUUGAUGAUAGUCGAACUAGCGUGGUCCCAGGCACCGACUCUGGAAGACUAUUUCCGUAUUCGGCAAGACCAACAAUUCGCUCAAACCCUUGGAGAUGAAGGAGCAGAUUGUUAUAGUCUCAUAGCAGAUAUUGCAGACGGGCUGUCCGUUCUGCAUCACUGCGAAGUAUUACAUUCAGACCUCAAACCGUCUAAUAUUUUACUUUUCCCAGAUGAAAAAGAGAACGGGCUGGUAGCGAAAAUAGGAGACUUUGGCUUCGCGGAUGUUGAUCGCGUACUUAGGCACUCUCUAGACUCCACUGUAAAGCCGGUGGUAGCCGUUUUUAGAGGGCAGACCAGGGAGUGGGCGGCACCGGAGAUGCUGCAGUCUUGCCCGAUAGAGAUUCAACGAUUGGCGAAUACGGUUCCUGUCGCAGGCGAUAUCUACUCGUUUGGACUCUUGAUGGCGUAUAUCAUUUUGAAUGGGAUGAGUCCAAGCCGGUUGGUACAAAGCGGCAGCGUUGCCGUUCAAGCAGAAGAGCUUGAUCGCUUGAAGAUUCAUGAUCUGUUAACAGACAGAAUCGAAAAAGAAAGACGUUGUCACGCUCGAUCCAACGGCGAGACCGGUGUCGCUCUCGGAUGUGAGACAGAAACUUAUGGGAUAGCAUACAGCAACUUCUUUCAAACAACAACGGGGAUCAGCAACCGCGUUCUAGAAUCCUUACCAGCGAACCUCAUGGCCGAGUUACGUGGCCUUGUAGGCGAGGAAGCCGCAUUUUAUGAGCCGGUCGUCCACUCUAUGAGGAGACUGGAUUUGAAGCGUCAACUGGGAAAGCCCAAAACAAAAGAUGACAAAGAGGACUCAAGGUCCCAUUUAGACGAUGACUGGGACAAAUGGAGCUUUGAUACUCUGCGGACAGUUCUAUCCUGGAUUCCGGAUAUCUAUGAACUUGUCAAAUUCAUGGGGGGCUAUCCUUUCAGCGUGCCUCAUGCAGAGUAUGAUUUUCUGCGGACAGAAUACAGGGACAGACCGCUAAUAUUCACGUUGAUCGAUGGUGAUAACGUCCGCGGUGUGCGGAGGCUACUAACGGAAGACGCUUCACAGCUCAAUGCCAGACUCCCCGAUGAUUCUGGAGCGAUUGCACAGGCCACUCCGCUUCAUCAAGCUAUAAUCGGGAGACAUCCUGACAUCGUAAAGAUGUUGUUGCAGGCUGGUGCACAGGUCAAUGCACGGUAUUUCAUUCCAAAUCUGCCUAAUCAACUGCGUGAUUUGUCGCCGCUGGAGUUAGCUGUUGAGCAGUGCCUUAGUCGAGUGACAAAGAACGAUAAGCAGAUCAUAAGGGUACUACUUCUUGCGGGAGCAGACUAUUUGCAUAAUUCUGGAGGAAGAGUGUUCAAAGCAUCGGCAAACAUCGAAAUACUCAAACUUUUCUUUGAAAACGUCCCACCAGAAGAUGCAAGACAUCUUGCCGGCAUCGUUGACAGUGAACGUCAGACUCUACUAUAUUCCGCAGUGACCAGAGCUAGCGUGCCGAUCGUAAAGUAUCUUCUCGAGAAAGGCGUGGACCCUCGUGCGAGGGAUGUCAGGGGCCAAACGGCAUAUUCGCGGCUUCGGUCAGCGUCCAACAUGGGUUCAAGCGGACCAGGAUUACUAAUGCAGGCCUAUAUGAUGGCCAUUUUAAGAAAGCUUCCAACGUCGGAAGAGAUAGAGCAAGUCCUGAAGUCGAUCGAAGAAACCGCGGGGCCCGAGGGUAUGGCCAAUGAUGACUAUAUCUUUACGGCUCAAGAGGUGGAAGACAUGCAAGAGAACUUCAAGGCAUACGGGCCAAUAACCAAGCAAUACUUCGAGUCUGGGAAGUUCCAAGAGAGAAUGAAACUAUUUCUUGGAAUCAUGGACAAUCCGUCAUUUCCUACGGCAUAUUGGCUGUUUGGGUCGGAUAAUGUGACGGUAAUUGAGAUUCUGAAGAAGAAUUUGGAGCAAUGGUAUACCAGACGAAAACAAGGCCUCAUUGGAAAAGACGUUCUUCCUGAUGGAUGGGCAAAUUUCGUCAUAGAGCCAGAGGAAAAUUCACCCGACGGAUUCUGGAAGGUGCUUAUCAAGAAAGAGGAUAUACCCGCGUACGGCGAAUUCAUGAAGACAUCGGCAAUCUCGCUGGCGGAGAGAUUCAUGGAUAACAACGGAUCCUCGAUUCUUGAAAAGCUAAUACCGGCAGUGGACGAGUUGACCACUACACGAGCGUUGGAUAGAAUUUUCGACUCUUUUGGUAUCAUCUUUUUGAGAAUCGUAAUGAUAGCUAUGAAGAAUUUCCAAUUCGGACUUGUCGAUAAGAUCGUUGUCUACCAGCGAGUGAAGCAGAUGUGGAGAGCGUUAGCCCAAUAUGAAGUUCUCGAUCGACUGCAUGACCUUGCCGUAACUCUCGGGAUUGACAGCAGCAUCGACCAGUUCGCACGAGGCAUGCUUGUUGAGGAUAUUGAUGUUGACUUGGCUACUCCUCCAGAGGCAAUUGAGACCCUUCGGUUGGCGCAACGAUAUCCUGACACAACGAUUUUCAUCACCUCCAAGAAUAAUGAUCUCGCGGCCAAGCGACUUUUCCUCUCCGCGUACCAAUUGGUGUUUCUGCUGCUCCCUGCCUUCGCGUUUUUCUACUCCUUGUACAUCGAGUUUCUUUGCUUUCGUGCAAAUAGCUUGGUGGCCUUUCUUCUAGCACGGAUUUGGUGUCCGUGGAUAGACAUCAAAAUGGGUGAACCGCUGAUAUUGGCGCUCCGACCAGGUGCCAUGCAAGUGGACAUUCCAUCGCGGUUACAGCACAUGCGCAAAGAGACCCUAUGGCCAGUAUACCGACUUUCUCUGCGGAGACAUGCUGAAUGUGAGGAACCUAUACCUUGUUUUGCUGCUAUGGGUGAUGCGUAUAGAAAGUGGAUGAAUGGGGGCUUACCAAGGAAGGCGUGGUGUGAUGGAUGGUGGGAGAAGAGCAACGGGGAGUGGGAAAGAGUGAAUGCAAAUGGGAAGCCGACAUGGACAGAGUAUACGGAGGCGACGAAAGAGAUCAAGAGAACGCUCCACGGCAAGGGCUGCGCAGAUGUUUAUUACGAAUUCCUUGAACAGAGAGAGUAUUGGCUCAAUACCCCAGGGCAGCAGCUUCUGUCAUUGCAGGGAGUCUUCGGCGAGAAGCAUGCCGAGUGUCUGGAAAUAUGGCAGAAGCUCUUCUUGCGAGACUCUAGUGCUCGGGCAUGGAUUGGACGGAGUGACACACCAGCGCCAUGGUGGAACCGAUAUGGAAUAAAGAGCUUUGUGGAUGGAGUCUGGUCAACGUGGGAUAUGGGGUUGUUGGACGAGAAGGGAUAUUAG